AUGGCUACGAGCACAUCCGUGACCCGCUCGCGACGAGCUGAAGGUCUGCGUCAUCCGCAUUCGAGCAACACUGUCACCUACCGGUCGCACUCGUCACCGCAGAACCACGCCGCCCACGCCCAACACCCGCUCGCGAACGCGAAGCCCGAACAGUCCCCAUCCCCAAUCAAGCAGAACACGGCCACCACUACCACCACCACAACCCAUCAACGCAACAAGCGAUCGCUUGAGCCCACCACUGCCCGAGAAUGUGAUCCAGUUGCUCCCAAAAAGGCUCGAUACGAGUUUGCCGUCGAGAUACCCGCCCGGCCGUCAUUUCGUCAGUCGACUUCAAUUGAGUCGCGCGACGCGAAGGCCCCGACACCAGCCCCUAACCCGAAGCCUGUCGUCACUGUCACUGCGGCACCAAAGCCCCCAAAUCCCUCGCGUGCCCCUCCCACCACUGGUGCAAAACCCAGCACAACUGCCACCAAACAACCAUCGGGCCUUACAAGACACCAAGAAAAAGUUGUCAAUGGCUUGAAGCACGAAUUGAGCAGGUUGAACCCCAAUGCUGCCGACACCAUCAAGGAGGGCGGUCGCAAAUUACGAUCGCAGGAAGGCACUCGCUUCAAGAGCGAGUUGGCCGCCUACUUUCCCGACUAUGAUGAGGUAAUCGGCAACGAUCCCAAGGAACAGCAUCUCUUAAAUCUUGACACCCCGAUUGUCAUUGGCAGCACCUAUCUCCCUGUGACUCAUGAAUCUACCCCGGUCGCUCAACCGGGCGGCUUCCAGCCUCGUCCGAUCGAAUCCUAUCCCAUCCGAGGCUACGGCGAUGCCCUGUUUACCGAUCUCUACGAUUCCCAGACCAUCAACUUCAGCUUCUUGGAAACCCAACACAAGGGCAAAGCAGCCUUGAAGGAUGACCCGUUGCCGGAUUCGCUCUACGAAACGGCCCACAAAAAAGCAGAACGUUUGGAACGCUCAAUACGGAACUCGGAAAAGGGACGAGCUCAACAUGAGAAGGACCAAAUUGUCCGACUGCUGGAUGCCUUGCAGGGCCAUGACUGGCUGCGGGUAAUGGGCGUCAGUGGAAUCACAGAAGGUCGUAAGAAGCAGUUCGAGCCUGCGCGAGAGCACUUCAUCAAAGGCUGCCAAGCCAUCUUGGAAAAGUUCCGGAAAUGGGCGGCCGAAGAGAAGCGCAGAAAACGGAAAAAGGACCGAACAACCAAUGCCGACAGCGGCGGAAAGGGCGGCAAGGGCGGCAAGUCUGGCGGCAAGUCUGGCGGAAAGGCCAACGGAAAGGUCAACAAGCCGCAAGGCGGAGGGAAGAACGGAAAGCGUAAGCACGAGGACGCAAAGCAUAAAGUUGAACUUAAGGAUCAUCGAAAAGAUGAGGAUGCGGCCAAGCAUAGGGUUAUUGCUGACAGUGAUGAGGAAAUGGAGGAUCGAGAACAAGACACGGGCGAAUCUGACGGCGACCCACCAGACGAGAGCGACGUCGACGCUUCCAUUGCAAAGCAGCUCCGUGAAGAGGCAAUCGCCGCGGCGAAGAAGAAGCCGUCCAAAAAGGGCAAACGUCCAGCUCCUCCUCCGCCACCGCCCGAACCAGAGCCCGAACCAUACAAAGAGUUUACCUCGUUCUUCAAGAAGCCAUAUCAGCGAGAUGCUGCGCUCAACAAGAACAGGCGAAGGGGCAGAAACGUGCUGGCCUGGGGUCAGCCGGUACCAGAUGGUGAUGAACAAGAAUUCGCGCUCCCGCAGGAUAUCCUGGACGAGGAGACAUUGAAAGCCCACGCAAGAAGAAAGCGUAGGGACAAGAGGGGGAAACAUUGA